CAAUAAACUAGCCUAUGAACUACAAACGAGCAAACCACCCUUUCAGCUUAAUCUGUUGCCUACGUCGUCUCCUCCUCAAGAUUUCUGCACAACAACAAAACCAAAUCCGAACAAAGAACACGCAGAUCCGAAUUUUUGUUUUGAUUCGCAGCUACAUAAAUUGGGAUUUGUGGGUAUUUCAACGAUUAUUGAAGAAAAAACACCAUAAACCAACAAAAGGAGGAGUUCAGACAGAACACUCACCUAAGUCACCCCAGUUCAUCUUCCUGGGUGUUUGUAGAAAGUGUAAAUAUGCCUAGCUACACCAAUUUUCUAGUCAUGAAAGUAAUGUAGGAGUUUAACAACGUAAAUUUAACUUCAAAAUACGAGGCAUUUCGGACUAUUUGCAGGGGUACUAAAUGAGUGACAGAUCAUCCAGCUAAAGAUGAGGGAUGAAUUGUAUAAGUGCUACACUGAAAUCUGCCGGUCUCGGAUGCAAAACUUGGGCCCCCAUCAACUGAAGUAAAUGCCCAAUUGAUUGUAUUAUUUCACUGCCUACGUGUAUUGGUGCGCAUAGAAUACAGCCAAGCGGCAGUCCACCCGAAGGGCACUGAUCUAAUCCGGGCAUCAAAACUCAACACUUGUAACAUGUCUACUCUUGCAGUUCCAGCACGUGUACUCUCCAUCCCAUUCUGCACUCACCCUUUCGCUACCGCCGUCCGUCGCUUCCAUACUCACAUAAAUAUAAGACUUCAAACCCAUCGCUCUUCUGUUUUCUACCAAAUAUAAGCAAUCCAAUCCGCGAGAAUCAAUAGAUCUACUUGCAAACUUCCUUUCUUAGUUUGUUUAUACCAUACAUACGAAAUGAGUCAAGAACAGCCACAGAGGCCAGAAGCCAUCAAGUGAUGUAUUCGAUUCGACGUCUCGGGCAAACUGGCUUCCCAACCCGUAGCACCCCAAGACGCCGCCAUUCUGCAGUCCGCAGAGAACGUCGUACUCGGUCAGACGCCUAAGGGCGGUGCGGCGGCUUCAAUGCAGUCAGCCGCUGAUAUCAACGAGCGUCUAGGCGUGGUUGGCCACGGGGACAUGACUGACAUCGUCAUGGAUCAGGGCGCCACCGUAUCCGAAGCAGACAUCAGUGGCUAUCGCGUCAUAACUGAAACUAUUGGCGGACAAGUAGUGGGACGAUAUGGUCAGCCAACAGAAGAUACAAAGACUCCAGCGCCGACGAGCGGGGAGAUGGACCCUAUUACCAUCGGGGAAGCACUGGAAGCCACGGCGCUCUCCGCGGGAGACAAGCCAAUCGAUGCAAGUGACGCUGCCGCGAUACAGGCGGCGGAAGUUCGGGCCACGGGACUAGGCCAUGUGGUCCAUGGAGGCAUAGCAGCAGAAGCUCAGUCUGCUGCUGCGCGUAAUGUCCUAACUACACGGGACGAGGACAAGACCAAGCUUGCAGAUGUUUUGGUGGAUGCAACCGCCAAACUGACAGUUGACAAGCCGGUGACUAGAGAGGAUGCAGAAGGAGUAAUAUCGGCAGAGAUUAGGAACAAGCCCGAGUUGGCCACGCAUCCAGGCGGCGUGGCAGCUGCUGUUGCGGCAGCAGCACGGCUUAAUGAACAGCAGUGAAGGUGUGUGCACUUUUAGGUGGAGAUGGAAGAAUGAAGAUGCGUUUUUGUAUGUUCAUACGGAAGACUGGGGUGGUAGUUAUGUUGCUAGUUUCUCUAGUUUUUUUAAGUGCCUAGUUUGUCUAAGUCUUUUGGUUGGCGAUGGUGGGACUAGUCAUCUGCUUUCUGUUGGGCAUUUCUUGCAUACGCGUUGUACAAAAUCUGUGGAGGUAGGGUGCCUUGCUGAUUUGGCGUGUACAUGUACGUAUUUUGAACUGACUAAUGAACAAAUCCACGUUGAGUAGAAUCCCUGGGCUAAUAGCCUCGUCUCGAAUUGGACUUUCUAUAAUCUGGUCACGCACAAAUGCAAAGAUGCACGAAGCUUCUGUGUCUGAUCUCUGUAAUGUGGUAAGGCCCAAUGUAUGGGGAAACUCCAUCUUAUGAAAAUAUAAGCGCACUUGUGGCACUAGGCGGAACAUUAAUGAACGAUCCCAUUCAUUUCCAUCUUCGUGAACAAUCCAAUUCAUUUCCAACUAUUCAGAAGGGAACAUUGCACGAGUCGGGGAAACAGCUCUAACAUUGGCUAUUCUUAUGAAUGAGUUGAGUAUGACAAAUCACUAAACAAAGUUCGUGGUCGACAUGAGAAUACGCCUUCUCUAUGCUCCUCAAGCAAAUUGCCUACAGGGAAUUGAGGAUGCAUAUACCGAACAAAUCACAGUAAUCACUCUUCUGGCGUGCAUCUUCUGGAAGAUCUAAAAUUAUAGCAAGACAGGAGAACAAGAGGACAGGGAUGUGAUUCAUUCUAUUUGGUAAACGGACAACGUCUAGCUCUGAGUUAAUAACAUUAUAAAUACUGCAAAUGAGGUGGAACAACAGGUAGGAAAGACACCAAGAACCACCAACAUCCGCCUGUGUAGAGGAUUUAUACUAGUAGCUAAGUCAAAAUGAGUCGUGGAGAUGCACAUAUCUCUGGUAGGAUAAUCUGGGUAAGAGACUAGGUCGCGCGACAGACUUGGUAAUUGUCAGAGCACUCCAUCACUAUUAGAAAACCGUAUUAGCAAGCAAAAUUCAAUUUAAACGAAACAAAAUGCUUAUCUCAUAGGGAAUGGCUGUCUGCGCAAACUGUAGACGGGUGCGUGUAGGAUGAAAAGAAAAACAUACUAUCAAUUCAGAUCAAAACUUUUCCAGAACAAACAGGA